AUGGUUGAAAUACCGGUGAAGUUUAUAUCAUCGGACUGUAUUCUUCUGGAGGAAGAGAUAUUACGGUUGAAGAAAACCCUUAUCAAAAAUAAACCUGCAGAUUUGAUCGGCAGUGUUGAUGAGACUGGUACAACAUGCAUAGAGUGCAUCUUCUAUCCAAUAUUCAAUACUUUGAAAAGCUAUAAAGGGCUCGGUGAUAUCAGGCUUUACUGUGCUGAUUCACUUGCUAUAUGGCUUGUUAGAUGUAUGCAAAUCUUUAAUCAUCCGGAUGCUGACCCUAAAUUGAUUCAACGCUUAUCAGGCUUCAUGACUGACGAAAAUUCUAAUUUUGUCUUUGAUUACAUUGUAGAUUUUUGGAAUGAAAGUGGCUCACCAUUGAGUAAUGCCUUGAGGGAUUUAUUGACGAAGAUGGUGAGUUUUCUAAGUUUGUUUCAUCAGGAUAACGAGGAUCAUAUCACUGCCAAUGUGUUUCAAAAGUGGAGUAGCAAAAUCUUGAAAACUAUUCCCCAUACCAAAAGGGUGUUUUACUUUGUGAUCCAAACUUUGGCGAGAAAUAUUGAUUGCAGAAAGAUUUUAAAGGAAUCACCAAAUUUUAUUGAAGAUUCUUUGGCACAAAUGUUCUCCAACGCAUUUGCCAAUUCCGUUGCGAAAUGUGUGGCAGCGGUGUUGGAUGGAAUUUACCAGAGUAUGAAAAACUCAGAAGAACAGGACUUUGAAUUGAAGUGGACUUUAGUAUGGAAGGACCCGGUAAUAAAAUCAUUAACUACUUUCAACUUAUGCAGAAACGUUCAGAUUUACUUGCUUCCUUUAUUGUUGAAAGUUCCUCAGCAACCAAGACCAGUGUACAAGUAUUUUAUCAAUCAGAUAUUAGAUACCAGUGAUCCAAAUUUGAGCUUAUCAGGGAAAGAACAAACAUUUAGAUUAUCCUUGUAUCUUGGAUGCUUGAAAAUCGGUAAGGACUUACAAAUCGAUGAAGAACCAUUUGCCGGUGACGAUCCAAUCAUCAAUUUGGAAUUGUUAAAACAACUAUUGAGUCAUGAAUCUAAAACCAUCCGUAUCACAUCAUAUUCCAUCCUAGUUUCUUCCACUAAGAGAGCAAGGCCGGUCAGUCUGUAUAUAUAUGGUAUUGUGGAAGACAUCUUAGAAGUCUACUUUGUAGAUGAUGAUCCAGAUUCAAGAAGUGAUUUCCAUAGUUUAACCAGAAACUUCAUCCUUCGUGUCAGAGAUUCUACUUAUGCCUUGCAGAAAAAGCUAAAUACACUCAAUAGCAAGGGGCUUGAUAUGAAUAACGAUGAAAUGAUCAAACAAAUUGAAGAGGCAAAGGAAUUUUUGGAAAGAUUGUUGAACAAAAUCAAAACCCAAAUCACACCUGGAAUGACUUACCAAAGACUCCAUUUGGCCUUUUCUCUUUUAAUUUCAAUGAUAACUUCGGGAGUUGAUGAGAAUGUUCCAAAGAAGUAUCUUGAUAGAAAGCACCUUGCUUAUCCUUUCCAGAUUCAAAUAUACACUGGAGACAUCGUGAGAUUAUUGAUUGAUAACAUUUCAAAUAAUUUUGAUAACAUCAGAGAAUGUGCCAUUAAUGCUCUUUUGAUGGCACCAGUCCCACUUGAAGGAUUCAGCUCCAAGGAAUCCAUCAACGAAAUCUUCUUGAGGUCUGUGCAUAUUUUGAAAAAUAUCCAAGGUAAAAUGAGUGAUAGUGGUGCCAGAUUAUUGCAAUUUGUAUAUAACUACAACAUAGCUCAAAAGCGUUACGAUGAAAAUAAAGCUAUUACUGAUUAUCUACUUAACGCUUUAGAAGAAAAUAUUGAUGCUGCUUCAAACAACCUUGCAGAAUCUGUUUCUACUCACUCAGUCCAUGGGUUAUAUAAAGGGUUAAGCAUAAUCAUUGAGAAUUCAAACUUUGAUAAAAUGGAGAAAGAGGAAGAGAAAGAAUGGAAACAGCGAGUUGACCGAAUCAUCGAUUUGGUAAAUCAAAAUUGGGACUCUACAAAGGAUAUCCUCUCUAAUGACUCUCCAGAAGGAAAUAUUCCUGAUGCUUUCAAAGAAGUGGAAACUAUCAAACAAAUAAGUCCAUUUUCUCAAAUUAUCUCUAAUUACGCUUGGAGAGCAGUCAAAGACUCAUCAUUCGUAUUAAAGCAACUACUCAUCAGAGCCCCAAAUUUCAUUUUGAGUAAGGAGUCUGUUCUCAAAAUUAGUGACUUGAUCUUAACUCAGCUAUCUUCGGUGAACCAUAAAGGGGCAUUUUAUUCUAUUUAUCCAACUUUUGAAGAAUGUUGUCAUAGAUGCUAUCGUAAAGACUCUGGUCUUGAAAUGAUGCCAGUUAAAUGGUUGAAUGAUAAUUUAUCUUUAAUUAAAAUCAAGUCGACUUAUAUUAUCAGAAGAUCUGCGGGUUUACCUUUCUUGAUCUCUAUGAUCUUAGUGGCGGAUAUUAGAAGACUAGGGAAAGUUAGGGUUGGAUUGAAAAACACUCCGUUGUUCAAGGAAACAUUCAAGAGGCUAAUUGAUAUUGCUAGAACUCCUAUUAAUGAAGAAGAAUACAAAUUGGAUGAAAAUAUUGAAUUACCUCAAGUACAUGCUUUCAAUUGCAUCAAACAAUUGUUCAUUGAAGCUAACUUAUCGGACCCUACAUCCUUCUACAUUGAUGCGGGUCUCGAAUUGUCUUUCUGGGCUAUUCAAUCUGGCAUUUGGUCAAUCAGAAACUGUGCCGUAAUGUUGUUCGCUGCGUUAGAAAACAAAUUGUUUGGAUCGAAGAAAGUUGGUAACACCAUUGUUCCAUAUUCGGGUAGAUUGUUCUUUAGUAAGUUCAAGAAACUCAAAGGAAUCUUGACUGACAACUUUAGAAAAUUCUUAGCUAUUGAGUCGGGCUCAGAGAAUACAAAUUCCAAUUCUGCUUUGGAAAGUAUUUUCCCAAUUCUCACUAUUCUUUCUAGACUUGAGCCAACCAACAACUUCAGUAAUGAUUUAGAAGAUUUUAAACCCUUCUUGUUGGAAUCGCUUGGAAUUAAGUAUUUCAAGAUUAGAGAAAUGGCGGCCCGUGCUAUUCCGUCCUCUAUUUAUGAAUAUGAAAUCUUUGAUGAGAUAAAUAUGUUGCUUGACAGAAUUGAUGCUAACCCAGGGCUGCAAAAUGAAUUACAUGGGAAUUUGUUAGCAAUUAAUCAGUUGUUGAUUAAGAGCAAAAGAAUUUCUGUGGAAAAUGAAAAAAUUCCUGAAGAAUUGGUUAAUAGAAUUAUUAAAUCUUCUCCACAAAUUCUUUUCAAUAACAAAUGCUACAUGAAUGGAAAAGCCUAUAUUGACAUGCUCAGACUCUUAUUGGAUAUUAACGGAGGCUUCACUGCUCCUGGGUUCAUGAACGCUAUUGGCAAUUACUUCAUUGAAUUGGAGUACACAUUUAUGGAAUCUGAGAAAUUAGAUGGUAUGAAAGAAUUGCUUGCUAAGGAUAUUGCAUUAUUAAUUCUUGAGUUCUGUGACGACGCCCAAAUUGGAGAAUUUAUUGAGUUGGGUAUUAUUUCUGCCUCGUAUAAAGUCCAGUUAGGAACAAUGAGAUUUAUAAUCCAUCGUCCUGAAAUGUUGAAGAAACUCUCCAAUGAAUGUAUUUCUAAUAUCAUCAACACUCUUUGGGAGAUUAUUGAUGACGAGUCUGUUUGGUCAUAUAUUAAGGCUAAUGCUUUAGAGCUAUUGCAACUAGUAUCAACUAAUGCUGGUGUAACUGACCUCACCAAAACUAAUAGGGAGAAGUUAUCUAUUUUCAUUCUGUUUGUUGUUGAUGAUCAUAGUGAGGAUGUCAAAGCAACUGCUUUGCAAGCUAUGGGUCCUUUUAUUGGCUACUCAAUUAUUAAUAAAGAACAUGAUGAGACAAUAAUUGGAAAAUGGUUACAUUUUAUUCGCUUGUUUGCUAAUGAUGACAAUAUUCUAGACUUGAGAUAUGCUGCCUGCAAGUCCUUGCUUUCGAUGCUCAAUGUUGUUAUUGAUUCAAGACUUAAUUUCAUAGAGUCUCCAGUGGUGGCCAAAGCACUUUUCUAUCUUUUCCUCCAAAUCAGCGAUGAUUCUGAAGAAAUUAGAGAAGAUAUUACGAAGUUUUUCUGCAGUUUGUACGGUGUCAACUCGUCAGUCCCAGUAUUCAUGGGUUUCGAAUUCGUGUCAAAAUUUGUGCCAAUGUUCCAAGGCCACGCAGCAACUGUGCUUUUAGAGUACUUCAUGAACUAUCCUUCUUUGAAUAAAGUGGUCGAAGAAUAUUUGCAGCUGGGUGAAGUUUUAUUUGAUGCAGAAAAAGACAAUCUUUAUGUUGUCGAAUUCAUUAGGUAUUCUCAAAUCAUAAAUAUGUUGACCCAAUCACGCGACUUCUUGUCAAUUGAGCGAAAGAACGAUAUUAAGGCUAGAGUGGUGUCAGAAUGGCAAUACAUGGUGAGCUUUGUUAAGUCACAAGGUGCUGAUGGGAUCCUUGGCUGGACAACCAGUGAAACUACGUUUGGGGCUAUCAAGAUGCAGACUUCAAACUUGAAUAUGGUUUACGAAUUAGGCCUUAAUGAUGAAAUGACUGAAAAUUUAUUCUCUUGUUUUCAAAAACUCUGUCAAACAAAUAACUUGCAAACGCUAUUAGUUCCUCGACGCUAA